AUGACGCUCGAUUCCAAUUGCCUGGGUGUCGCCAUCGACCAUCGCAUUAGGCGGCUCAUUGAACCCGUGGAAUACUUCCCCCGGGACAAAGUCGGAGAUCAUUUGUCCAUUCUCAUGACCGAGGCAGGACAACCUCGAGACGACCAUUCCUUCGAGUCCGGUGUAAAGGCUGUCAUAGAGGACUGCGCCACGCUCCGCGCGCUCGAAGCCGUCUUCUUCACGAUGUCAGGGAGAAGGCUGGACCUCCGUGAUAUCUCGGUCAUCGACUUACUGCCGUACACUAUGGACAACGACUGGGAAGACAUGGCCAAUGAAGAAAAGGCGCGUGCAUUCAAGGCGGCACAAUGGGCAAUCGGUGCCAAGGAGCCCGACGUGGUCCUGUGCGCCGGCAAGAGAUUCCUCCCGGGAAAGGUGAGGGGUCUGAAGGACGACAUGUGGAAGCUUGAAAGCCAAGGCGUGGGUGCCAUCUUGCUGGAGAGGUACCCCAUUCGUCGCGUGAACGGCUUUCAUCCCAGCUACGCCAUAAACUACCUUCCCGAGCAUAGUUGUCUGCGGCAGCUCCUGUUUCUGGUUGUUGCCCAAACCUGCGCCGUCUACAGCAAGGCGUCGUGGAAAGAGGAGGCUUGGAUGACGGCCCUCAGGAACAACUGUUCCACACUCUAUGAGGACUCGAAAGCUGUAGCGACGUACAAGCUAGGUUCUGGCACCAAGGAUUGGGCAGAAUACGAAUGGGGAAGCGCAACCAGGCUCAAGGAGAAGGUUAUCCCCGCCAUUGAGUCGCUUCUGGGUGUCGAGACGGCGCUGGGACACAUCCUAGAUAAAGUUGAAGCGCAAGAGAAACUCGAAGAUGAAGCUCGGGAGCGACGCGAGAAGGAACCAAUGAAGCCGAGCUUGCUUUACUGA